AUGUCGUUUAAAAUUUCAGUGAAAGAAGAGCAAAUUCCGAUGGCAGAAAUACAGCAGUCAGAAUCAUUUGUUUCUGAAUCAAAACUUUCUACAUCAGAUUCUCCACAAGAAAUCACUCGAGGCGGAGAAAGAGAGAGGACGGUAUUGAUCAAUGUUUUAAGACAAACAUUAUUACCAUUUUUUGUUGCUGGACUGGGACAAAUUUGCACUGGGCUGUUUUUUGAACGUGCACAACAUUGGUGGUUUUUCUUAUACGUACCCGAAACUUUUAUUCUGGUACCAGCUUUGCUUGGCUUGAAAGGCAACCUUGAAGUAACAUAUGCAUCGCGAUUCUGUACCCUGAGCAACGCAGGUCAAACGGAUAAAGCAAGCGAAAUUUUUUUUAUUGCUCGAUUUAAUUUAUGCCUUAUCGAAUUGCAAGCAAUCGUUUUAUCAUUUUUUGCGGCUUUAUUGAGUAGUGCAAUUAGUUUAAUUAAUUGCGAUUUCAACCGAUCUCACGCAACCGUGGUACUUUCAAGCGGUAUUUACGCGGCGUCACUGUCCUCUUUUAUUGUUGGUUUCGUGAUGAUAGCUAUCGUUGUUUCCUCUCGUCGAUAUGGUGUUGAUCCCGACAACAUCGCUGCGCCACUUACGGCAACCUUCAGCGACUUCAUCACAUUAAUCAUGCUGAUUGGCAUAGGCAUGUUAAUGGUUUACAAGUACAUACACAAAUUAUAUAUCCUCAGCAUUGCAGCGGUGAUAUUUUUACUCUGUACAACACCAUUUCUCACUUACUACGCUGCAAAAGAACCAUAUGCCAGGCCUAUUUUGAGAGACGGUUUGUUUGCCAUCACAGCAGCCGUCGUUAUCGGAUGCUGCAGUGGCUUACUGCUUCAAUCAGCUAUUGUUGUUUUUCCUGGUAUUGCUGCGCUUCAUCCACUCAUCGCAGGACUCGCUGGUAAUCGAGUAAGUGUACAGUCAAGUCGUCUUGCAACAGCACUGCAUCUCUCAAAAUAUUCCCUCGGCAGACUUCCCACUGGUACAACUAUAUGGACUUUCUUGAAUCCACUGCGUUUCUUCUGUUUACGUCAUUUGGAUUCCAAAGUAGCAUUUUUGCUAUUAGUAACGGCAAUUCCAUACAAUUUUUUGUUCGUCGUAAUAGUUAUUUUCACAGCCAAAAAUGCUGAUUUCAGUUGGAUUUUUGUUGGAACAUAUGUUGUAGCCGCCUUUGUGCAAGGUUUAAUAUUGUUUUAUUUGUGUCAAGUGGCGGUUUACGGGUUAUGGUGGUUCGGAUUGGAUCCAGACAACAAUUCGGUACCGAUAUUGACUUCCAUUGGUGACCUUCUUGGUAUUGGUCUGCUUUAUAUUGUCUUUUCAUUUUUGCAUCACUUCGCUCCCUCAACUGUUCUUUAUCAAAGAUAUCAAACGAUGAAUAUUACACGACAAUGCGGCAUCGAUUUCUGA